AUGCAUUACAAGUGUUUUGAAGUCUACAAUGAAGCCUCAAAUAGACGGCAUCAGCAUCAAAUUGCUCGACAUCAUCCGGAGAAGCUUGAACUGAAUGAAUUUGUCUGUCCGCUCUGUAAAGCUCUGGGAAAUUCCUUCUUGCCGAUUAUUUGGUCUCCAAAGGAAGAGAUUCACGUUGGCCCUCUUAAACCAGCAGAUACUUUUGACAACUGGGUCGAAAGAUUUGCUGGCGCCUUUCAACAUCCUAGAGACGAGAAAAUCAAUCAAAUAGGUAGCGCUCACAACUAUGAUCACAAGGCCGACUUUCCUGCAAGCCGACGAACUAUGCAAUUCUUCAAAAAGCACAAUGAAGAGACUAUGGCCGGUCCUUUGGUAUCCAAGAUGCCUGAAUUAUUAAUGGAUGCUUGGGAUCCACCGUCGCCGAGUCAUUGGUCAUCAUUCACGCCAAGUAGCAUGCGAGCUGCUCUUCCACCAGACAUUGCGAACGCUAUUUGGGCCGAAACUUCUCCCCUUUCUAGUGAUAGAUCAUCUAACACAGGCUCUUCUGUGCGAGAAUUGACUGAUAUAUAUCGAAGGCUUCGAGAUACUCUGACGAAGAAUGGAUUGACCAGUAGACAUACUCAAAAACUUUCACAGAAUGAAGAGAGAGACUUCCGUUCCAGUGAUGUAUUGGCGCAAGCCUUGGGAUUUUCCAUCUCUGCGGCUGAGAUCCAGCAGCGUGGUGUAGCAACAUUACCCGGACAGACUUUCUUGGAGAGCAUUCCGCAGCAAGCUCUCACUCACCUUCGAAUAUUAUCCGAUACCGCGUUGUCUUACGUUACGGUCGGUGGACUUAAACUUGCUGGAGAUAACAGGGUCGCUAGAGAAUUUAGUACGGACUAUGAGCUACAAUACCAGCGAUUGUUCCGGAAACCGGCAUAUUCUUCUUCAUCCGAAACCUCAUUGGACUCUGAUCCCUUACUUUGUCAAGACACCUUUAUUUUCUUGGCAGGAGCCUCCUUGUGCCUUGCGGCUGUUGACGAUAUUGAAAUCAUUCAUCUUGUCCGUCUUUGCUAUUUGGCGGAGAUGACGAAGGUUGUCCUCCAAUUAGGACGACAUAUGGACAAAUCAAAAUGGUUCGAUAUGAUUGAGCUCUAUAGACAAGAAGGGCUUGACAAUUUCGGAGAAUUCUGUCUUCACGUCCGACUAUCUGAUGCCGACGAUGUUCAGUGUCCGGAUUCUACAAGUCUACAUGGUUUCAAUACUCUGCGAGAUUGUCGUACCUUCGUACAGAAGUAUGCACUAGUAUUCCUCAGAAAGGUCAUGAUUCUUUUGAAUGUUCGUUAUGGUAUUGUUUUCCAAAACUAUGUUUCAUCUAAUUCGGAAACGGAUGAGCUCGAUCGCCUAACUGAGGCACUCUGUUUGCCGACCUUUAGUGAGAUGUUCUCCCACUUUGGCAAGGAAGAGGGAACAAUCUCGCACUUAGUUAAUCAUUGGAUCAAGCAUGCUAAUCUAAUGAACCUUGCUAUGGUCAUGACUACCAUGGAAAAUUCGAUGACGACUUAUACCGGCGAUAUAAAGCCUGAACUUAUAGGUCCAACACCAGAGAUCAUUGAUAUCAUCAGUCAGCUUCGCAACGAGGAAUUGGAUGUAUUGCAGACGACAGUCCGUAUUAUUAACAGUUUCAAUAAUAUGAGGUUAAGGCUCAGCCACCCUACUAUUUUUGAGCUCAUCGGCCUUCCAAAGAAUUACGAUACUCUUAUGGAGGAAACUAUGAAGAGACGCUGUCCCAAUAGCAAGAGAGAUAUACAGGAUCCGAUGCUUUGUCUUUUCUGUGGUGCAAUCUUCUGUGGGCAGAGUAUCUGUUGUUCGAGAGAUGGUCCGGAGAAACCUAAUGGUGGCCCAAGGGAUAAAAUUGGUGGUGGUCAACAACAUAUGCUUAAGUAUAUCUUCCCUCUCCUUUCUCUUUUCCUCACAUAA